UGCUUUCGGCGUUCGGCUUAGCAGAUUAGUAGGCCGCAUGCGUGAGCCUCUGUCAGGCUCCGCCAACAUGGAAGGAAGUGGAAGUUGCCCCGUACGGGACUCGGUCAAGGAAUUGCUUCUGGAUGAAUGUUAUUUGGACUUCUUGAAGGAGGGGUUUGAUGUGAAGACCUAUACUGCUCAAUCCAUUCAUCAAGCAGUUAUAGUUGAACAAUUAGCAAAACUUGCCCAAGGAAUUAGUCAGCUUGAUAAAGAACUUCAUAUACAGGUUGUUGCAAGACAUGAAAAUCUUCUUGCUCAAGCUACUGGCAUUGAGUCACUGGAAGGUGUCCUUCAGAUGAUGCAGACCCGGAUUGCUGCGCUUCAGAGCACUGUUGACAGGAUCAGAGGAAAAAUUGUUGACCCCUAUAACAAGAUUGUUGCUCGUACAGCACAGUUGGCCAGAUUACAGGCAGCCUGUGAUUUGCUUCGAAGAAUAAUCCGUAUCUUGUACCUAAGUAAGCGGCUCCAAGGUCAGCUACAGGGAGGAAGCAGGGAAAUCACUAAAGCUGCUCAGAGUCUCAAUGAGUUGGAUUAUCUUUCACAAGGAGUUGACCUUUCAGGGAUUGAAGUUAUCGAAAAUGAUCUUCUUUUUAUUGCAAGAGCCCGACUUGAGGUAGAGAAUCAAGCCAAACGAUUGCUUGAACAGGGAAUGGAGACACAGAAUCCUACACAGGUAGGAACAGCACUUCAAGUUUUCUUCAAUCUUGGAACCUUAAAGGAAACCAUCAACAGUGUAGUCGAUGGGUAUCGCUUGUCUCUGGAAGAUAAUAUCAGUAGUGCUUUGGAUAUAAAACUGUUGACUCAACCUAUUCAAGCAACCGCAAAAGGACCCGGAAGAGCCACAAUGCCAACUCCUGGCAACGCACCUGCAUUCCGUGCUGCUCUUUGGACGAAUAUGGAGAAACUAAUGGAUCAAAUUUGUGCUGCAUGUGGACAAGUGCAGCACUUGCAGAAAGUUUUGACAAAGAAGAGGGACCCUGUGACACAUGUCUGCUUUAUUGAUGAAAUAACUAAGGACAAUCAAGCAGACAUUUUGUGUACUUUCUGGAACUCGGUUACAGAAAUCUUGACUCUGAAAUUCCAACAGGCUACAAAUUCAUCCACAUUUCUGAAGCAAGCAUUUGAAGGAGAAUAUCCAAAAUUGUUGCGAUUAUAUAAUGACCUAUGGAAACGUUUGCAACAGUAUAGCCAAAGUAUACAGAACAGUGUAACAACUGGUGGAAAUUCUGACUCACCCCCUGAACUACCAGCAGCAGAGGAAGACACACAAGACCUAUUUAUGUUGAAGAAGCAAGACCAUGACCCUGAGAAGGCCCUGAAAGAUUCUCUUCAAUUCUAUGAGUCUGCUUAUCUCUCGAAAUCAUUAUCACGACUGUUUGAUCCAAUCAACCUUGUAUUUCCUCCUGGAGGACGCAACCCACCUUCAAAUGAUGAGCUUGAUAGCAUCAUUAAAACUAUUGCAAGUGAAUUUAAUGUGGCCUCUGUGGAUCCAAACUUGAGCCUGGCUGUUGCAAGGAAUGUUGCUAAAACCAUCCAGUUAUUUGGAGUAAAAUCUGAACAACUUUUGUCCACACAGGGCGAUGCUAGUCAAGUGAUUGGGCCACUGACUGAGGGACAGAGAAGGAAUGUAGCAGUGGUGAAUUCAUUGUACAAAUUGAAUCAGUUGAUGUUGAAGGUAUUAUCUACAUUGACCUCUUUACCUUCAGCUGCUGAACAAACAAUUAGAACGGCUUUGGAGACAAUUCAAGCUCUCAUGGGAAGUGCAGUCCAGCCAUUACUAAAUUCGGUAGAAGACUCCAUUGAGGCCAUUAUUAUCACAAUGCACCAAGAAGACUUUGCUGGGUCUUCAUCUGGGAAGCCAGAGGUCCCAUGUUCUCUUUACAUGAAGGAAUUGCAAGGCUUUAUAUCACGUAUCAUGAGUGACUACUUUAAAAACUUUGAGUGCGUGGACUUCAUCUAUGACAAUGCAGAAAAUAUUGCGCAGAGAGCGAUUCAGUUAUUUAUCCGUAAUGCAAGUCUAUUGAAAUCAUUGGGUGAAGGAGGUAAAAUGAGAUUAGCUGCAGAUUUUGCACAGAUGGAAUUAGCAGUGGCACCUCUUUGCAGAAGAGUAUCAGAUCUUGGGAAAUCCUAUCGAUUACUGAGAUCAUUCAGACCAUUACUCUUCCAGACAAGUGAACAUAUUGCUAGUAGCCCAGCUGUAGGGGAUAUUGUUCCAUACAGUACUAUUCUUCAUUUCCUGUUCACUAGAGCACCACCUGACCUGAAGCCACCACACCAGAGGGCAGAGUGGUCUAUAGCUCGGUAUUCUCAAUGGCUUGAUGAUCAUCCAUCAGAAAAGGAUCGACUAAUUCUCAUCAGGGGUGCUCUUGAAGCUUAUGUUCAAUCGGUACGAGCAAGAGAAGGAAAAGAAUUUGCUCCAGUAUAUCCAAUAAUGUUGCAACUCCUCCAAAAGGCCAUGAUCAAUAUACAAUGAGGCUCUUUUCCCUCCGAAACAAGAUGUCUCCGUACUUGAAACUUCUUGCCUGCAAUGUUGGAAUAACCGUUUAACGUAAAGAUCAGUUUCAAAGCGAACAGUGAUUUGAAUUUUGGUAAUCUUUAGUGGGAAGUUUCCAAGUAGUUUAUUCCCUUAAAAUCAUAGUUACAAAAGAACUGUUAAUUCAUUAGCCAUUUCGUGCAUUGGGUCUCAUAAACAGAACCAAGAUAAAUUGUGUUGGUGGCAUUAGUUGAAUAAGUGUAGGUGAAGAAACCUCUGCUUCUCUUUGUGCAGCACUAGUGGAAAAGGACUUGAUUCAACACUUCAGUUAUCCGGUGCAAUUUUUUAAUACGAUCAAAUCAAUCUAUACGCUCUUCUAGUUUGAGCUAUGUACAUCAAAUCAGCUGCUGUGGGCUGAGUAAUUUUUCUUGAUUUCUUUCUUUGCUGUCA